AUGGCAGACGCCAAGCCUUCCGUCCUCAUUGUAGGGGGCAUGGGCUAUCUCGGUCGUUUCCUCGCUCUUCACAUCAACAAGAAUAAACUGGCUUCUCAAGUGCGCCUCGUCGACAAGGUAUUGCCUCAGCUAGCCUGGCUGGCUCCUGAGUUUUCUGAAGCUUGCUCUAAGGACAAGUUCAUGCAGGCAGAUGCAAGCAAGCCCGACGGUCUCGCCAGGAUAUUCAAUCGCACCGAUGGAAAGGAAUGGGACUAUGUAUUCAACUGCGGUGGCGAAACGAGAUACUCGCAAGAAGACGAGGUGUACAAGCUACGAUCCCUGAACCUCUCGGUUGAGCUCGGCAAGGAGGCCGCCAAGCGCAAAGUCAAGGUCUUUGUUGAGCUCAGCACUGGCAUGGUGUAUAAAUCCGACUCGGCGCCCAGCAAAGAGACGGAUAAGCUCAAACCCUGGAGCAAAAUUGCCAUAUACAAGCUGCAGGCCGAAGAGGAGCUGGCCAAGAUUGAACAUCUCAACCUCGCCAUUGUCCGACUUCCACACGUCUACGGCCCUUAUGCCUUGCAAUGGGUCGCCACGGCCCUGUCCAUGGCCCGCGUUUACAAGCAUCUCGGGGAAGAAAUGAAGUGGCUCUGGACAAAGGACCUCCGCACAAAUACUGUCCAUGUCGUCGAUGCCACUCGAGCUCUUUGGGAUAUCGCGGCUUGGUAUGAUGCCGGUAAAAAGAAUUGGAACGAAACUGAAAUGGGCAAGGUGCCCAUCUUCAACGUUGUCGAUAAGUCGGCCACAACACAGGGUACCAUGGCCGAGAUCAUUGGAGAUAUUUUCGAAAUUAAGACCGGAUUCCAAGGUCAAUUAGUAAGCUCAUUCGCUCGCCUGAAUCUGGACAGUGUUGUCGACGAAGUCAACGAGGAGGUGCUCGGACCCUGGGCACAUCUGCUCAAUGAGGCAGGCAUUACUCGUACAGGACCUCUGACGCCAUUCAUGGAAAAGGAACUUCUGAAGGAUACGGACCUGAGCAUGGAUGGAAGCAGAUUAGACAAGUUGCUGGGCUUCACAUACGAGAAACCCAAAAUUACCAAGGCACUGGUGGAGGAAGUGAUUGAGAGCUACAAGAAGAUGAACUGGUGGCCUUAG